GGGGGGGCGCUCCAAAACAAAGUAUUUGGGCUUGUUAUUCUUGAGGUGGAAACACUGGCAAAAUGCAAUCAGAGCUAUUGCAUUUUCUUCUAAUAUCCACAGUGAUUUUGCUGCUCUAUAAAUUGUCCUUUCAAAUCUCUCACAAUAGGAACACUCUUUUAAUCUAUCCCAUACACUGAAUUAGCUUUUUGCUCACGCUUUAAUGUAGGAAUCAAUUAUCCCGAGUCUUAGAAAGGUUCGAAGCGAAGCCAAAGUCUACGAAUCACUGAGAGAAGGAUAUUUCUGAUUUUUAUCACAUUUUCAGCAUGCUUUAAAAAGUAUUUCUAUGCUUUAUUAUACUUUUAUACAUUAUUGCUGGCUAAAUUUUGCUCUACUAUUUUAGAAAGCAGGGAUUAACUCCAUUUACGCUAUUUAAGUUUAUUACAUUAGUAAGAUGUAGGUUACUGAGGGAGGCGAGAUAGCGCCAGGCCUCAUCGCGCCCAUUGCGCAUGCGCGAGUGCUCCUCCUGCGUUGCCAUGGCUACCGCAACGCGCUGCCGGCGCCGCCAUGGAGAGCGGCUUGGGACGGGGGGUCCUACCAGAGCCCUGCGGGGCCUGCACCGGGGCGGGGGGUGCCCGCUGGCACUGAGCGGUACCCAGCAGGAGCACAGGCAGCAGAGCAGCCUCCUGCAGGGCCCAGGCAGGCAGGUAGCACAGAGCAGUCCAGUGGGGCCUGGCUUCGCCUCGCUGUCAGCACCAUGCAGGCUGAUGGGGGCUACAAGGCGCCGGCAUCCAGGGAGCGGGAAGGGGCAGCUGUGCAGGAGCCGCCUGGAGGAGGACUCGGGCUUCGUGAUGGCCACCAAGGUUCUGAUUCAUUCCGCAACGUAGCUGUGAAAAUUGAAAGAUCUACUUUUCGUAAACCGUUUCUGGGUGGAUUUAAGAACAAAGUAACGGGAGUGGAAUAUCAUAAUGCAGGGUCACAAACGGUACCCAAGAAAAGACCUGAAAAAGGAACUACGGUAUUUUGUAGAGAAACACAGACAGUUUUAGAAAGAAAUAGAUAUCAACAAACAACAAAUCCAACAUCAACCCAGAUGACUAAAAGGGGCGUGUAUGUGUCAAACAUGACUGACAAACUAAUAACCCCUGGAAAAUACUUUACAGCAGAGGAAUACCACAAGCGUCGGCUUGACGCAGUAAUAGUGUUACAGAAAAAUUUCCGUCGUUGGUAUGCUACGAAACUAGUAGAAAACCUGAAGGAAAAAAAGAGAUUAAGGCUGGAAUGGGAAGCACAGGAAGAGUUAAGGAAGAAAAAAGAGAAGGAAGACAAACUGAGAAUGGAGCAGGAGAGAAAACUGAACCCUAAAACCAAAGAAGAUUUCGACUUGCUGUACCACGCUUUAGAAUUAUGGAGGCAGGAGGAGACGGAACGGAUUAACAAAACUCUUACUGGAGCUGAAAGAAAGGCAGCACUUUGUGGACUCCUAGAAGAAGAGACACAGCUGAUUGCUUCCAUUGGGAGACACAAGCUAAAUGCAGACAAGGACAAUCAACAUAAAGCAAUACUGCACUUUCUGGAUAAGUGUGCACAACCUAAGAGAUGGAAAGCAUUUGAUGGAAAAAUCACUGAAAUGGAUACUCCAUACAAACUCCGUGCCAGAGAACUACUUGAACUCUACCGCAGUAUUAGCAUGAAUGACAUCCCGAUAGAUGAGAGAAGAGAUGUGCUGUUAGUGCUCAGAGGUACAGUGAAGGAACAUGAAUGUAAAUUAACAGAAGAAAUAGUGCAAUUGAUUGACAGGGAAGUUGAUCUUAUGUCAAGAGAAGUAAAAGAAUGUAACUUAGAAGGACUGAGGAAAAGAAUUUGUGCGCUAUUUCUGCAGUUUAUUAAAAUUCCGAAGUUCAACCCUGAAGUUGCAAAGUUUCUUAAGGUUCCACCAGAUCCCAUGAAGCUUUAUAAAAACAUUCACUUCUGUCGCAGUUGUGAAAAUUACUUACCAGCCUCUGAGUUUCCUAUUCCUGCUAAUUCCCGCACCAUUGGCAGAUGUCACUUGUGUUGCAAGCUUGAUAAUGAGGCUCGGCAACGAGAAUCAUUUCUGAAGUACAGACUUAUUCUAGAAAAUCUCAGGAAGUCUGAAGCUGAUUAUCAGGAUGAUGCUAGAAUUGUUUUCUUAGUUCAGCAGCAUCUGCAGUACAUGAUAGAGAACAUAUGGGGCUGUCAGUCAGCUCUUAGCGCUUGCAGUGACCUCUAUGAUUUGGUUAUGGUCAGAUGGGAUAAGCAGCAAGAGUGGUCUCCAUGGAACACUAUUCUCCUCACUAAAGAUGAAGCAGAUGCACAUCUUAAGCUGGAUAACCUUCAGGAGGCUUAUGAGGCACCAUUUAUUCACGGAAUAAAGCAUAAGCAUAUCCGGGCAAAAAAAUACUUUGCUCAGAUCCCAGUGAUGACAUCACUUUUCCACAGGAGUGACAAGCAGGCUAAUGCAAGUUAAUUUUUAAUAGCUACCCAUAUUCCUACCGAUAUGAAAACAUAACUCUUCAACUAUGAUAGCAGAAGUCAAAGAAAUUCACUGAAUUAUUUAUUAAUACAAUUCCUCUGCUUUUAAAGAAAUACGUUGUUUCGCCUACACCUUAUUUGUAUUACACAGGUCAAAAUAAAAUUCUGAGUAUAAAACAA